GUCGAAUAUAUGAUAAUGAACAGAACACCCCCCCACCUCUUACUUCUCUCUCUCUCUCUCUCUCUCAACCUAUCAUCAUCACUGCCAUCCCUAUUUCUGAUUAACUCUGUCACCAUGAGAGUGAGAGCCAAACUCCUCUGAUCCAUAUUAACUCUCUUCAAUGAAUUCCUCUAUACUAUACUAUACUAUAUCUAUAUCUAUAUCUUUAUCUUUAUCUUUAUCUUUGCAUGAAUGAUUACAUCACUAUACCACCAAUAUCAUUUCUUCUUUAUCCAUGGCUUUUCCACCUUCUCAUACUUUCAUCUUUCAAACUCAUGAAGAUCAUCAUCAUCAUCAUGACCACCUUCUUUCUUCUUCAACAACUUCUCUUAACUCCUUCCCUUCCUUUCCAACUCAUCAUCAUUUCCAAGGUGGUAGUGGUGCACCUUUCAUGAUGAAGAGAUCUAUGUCAUUUUCAGGCAUAGAAAACAACCACAAUCAAAACUACAACAAUAACAAUAAGUGUGAAGAAUUAGUACAUGGAGAUGAAGAUCAAUUAUCAGAUGAAGAAGGGUACUCACAAAUUGGUGAAAAGAAGAAGAGAUUGAGUUUGGAACAAGUGAAGGCACUUGAGAAGAGUUUUGAGAUUGGUAACAAGCUUGAACCUGAAAGGAAAAUGCAAUUAGCUAAAGCUUUGGGGUUACAACCUAGACAAGUUGCUAUAUGGUUUCAAAAUAGAAGAGCAAGGUGGAAAACUAAACAUCUUGAGAAAGAAUAUGAAAUUCUUAAGAAACAAUUUGAAGCUCUUAAGGCUGAUAAUGAUAUCCUUAAGGCUCAAAACAACAAAUUACAUGCAGAGCUACAAACUCUAAAGAAAAGGGAUUGCUUUGAAAAUGGAACAAUUAGUUUCAAAAAAGAAAAUGAGGGUUCAUGGAGCAAUGGAAGUGAUAAUAGCUCAGAUAUUAAUCUAGGCCUAUCAAGAACACCAAUGAUGAAUAGUCCUGUUUCUUCACAAAAUGGUAAAAGUAUUUUACCAAAUUCACUUAAGCCUACAAGCAUGACACAACUACUUCAAUGCUCUUCAAGAUCAGAUCUUCAAGAUGAAAGCUUUUGCAACAUGUUUCACAAUAUUGAUGACCAACAGAAUUUUUGGCCUUGGCCUGAUCAACAACAUCAUUUCCAUUGAAACUACACCAAAAAAUAUAUAUUUGAAUUGUAAUUUUAAAUUGUGGUUGCAGUCGUAAUUACACAUCUAAUCUUUAUAUUGCAACAAAAUAUUAAAAACGUGGUUGAUGCAGUUAAAAUUGUAGUUAUAAAAAUCUUUAAAAAAUUUAUACUGCAGUUGCAACUGUUGCGAAAUGUAAUUUCAAACCAUGUCUUAAAUAUUGAGGUAUGAAUAUUUCAGGGUAAAAAUGAGGAGAAAGUUCACUAGACUUAUCUCAACUUUUUUUCCCUAUGAGUUUUUAAUUUUUAUUUUUUUUCAAUUUAUGUUGGUGUAGAUUGGUGUAUAAAGUUGAGACAAAUCUACUUGAGUCAUGAAGAGGUGGUGAACUUUUGAGUAGUGCAACUCCUUUCCCAUUAUUACA